CAAGGCUUCGCGCUGUUCCUUUUGCCGCUGCUCCGGCGCCGCAAGAAGGAUUUCCAAAAGUCAUUUCAAGUGGACUUUUUUUGUGAUAUUGGCAGCCACGUGCAGCUCGGGAUUGCAUUGAGGGAAAAGAAGGAAGGUAAAGCACUCUGACCUGGAAGGGACGUAUUUCUGUGGAGAGAGAAAAGUAAAGAAGGAGGACAGAGAAAAGAGGAGGACACGGAGGAGAGAAAUGGAGAACACGCGUGGUCUCUCAUUUCCAAUAAUGUAUUUUGGGAUGGAUUAGGACUAAAAAGAGCAAAAAAAAAAAAAAAAGAAAGAGGAGAGAGCUGAAACAUUCCAUUUUGUUUCAUUGACUUUUGUCUAGAUAUGGACUGAUUGCUGUUAUUGAUCAGCUGAUUGAUCGGUUGAUUGGCCGUCGGACCUUAUCACCCGGCAAACUUUGACUUGUGGGGGAUUUAAGAGGAGGAGGGAACCCUGCACUGCAGCUACUCUCUUUUGGUAUGAGAUGAGGCUUAUCUAACAGCACCUCUGGAUUGAUUAAUUGAUUGAUUAUCGACGACGCCAACCUUCAAAUUGGGACUCUAAUGAUUGAUUCUCUCAUCAUUAAGGUCGACUUUUCUGCCCAUUUUGCGCAGUUUAACGUUUGAAACAAAGACAAAACAAAGUACCCUGCAAUAACACUUAAAAUAAAGCCUAUAUAUAUAUACUGGCAAAUGUUUAUGUCCCUUUAGGAAUAUUACAUGAAUGUUAUAGAUUUCAUGAAAAUAAAAUAUUCAGUACUCACACCGCUACAUUAAAGACCCUGUGGGAGUAUUACAGGAUACAACAAGGGCAGAAAGUACCAUAAAGUACUAUUAAAAGGAGUAUAAACUCAUGAUUGCCACAACAGCUUCGCUGUAGAAAUCAUUUUAAGAAUUUAAUAAGGAUUAUUAUAGUGCAAGCGCUUCGCGGGAUUCCAGUUUGGAGAUUGGAAGUUAUUUUUGGCUGCGCAAAGUAGAGCGACUCUUCCACACCAGUGCCCGGACAGAGACAGAGACAGACUGAACACAGAGGUCUACCUACUUGUCUCUGUCUUACAUCCCGGCCCGAAAGACAGGAGUGGGAUAGACACAGAGGGCAGAGGGGGGAAAAAAGAGAGAGGAGAGACAAGGAGAGGAUGCGUAACUGCGGUUAAUUGGAGCAGACUUAGCCUUCAAACAUCUUGGAGAAGAGGGGAUAGAGGAGGAGAGGGAUUCUAUUCUUUUUGCAGCCAGCAAGACUUUUCCUGUUUCAGGCUGUAAAUCUCUUUUUUGGCAGAGAGGAGAAGAAGAAACGACCUCUAUCCUUUCAUUUAUCUAUCCUUCGUCCCGUCAGUUUGGAGAGCCGAGAAACUGGCUGAAGAAGACACGCGAGCAGCGAGCCAGAGGUGGGAUUAUUUCCACAAAUGGUAACGCUUUCGUUUGGUCAAGAUUCUGUCACCAGCGCCGCUCGGAUUCAGGACUAGUUAACUCCAAAACACCAGGUGCCAGUGGAGAAUAGAGAGAUGAAGACUUUAUCCCUCCUCUUCCUCGUCCUCCUCCUCCUUGCCUCGGGAGCUUGUGAUGGCGUCAAGUACAUCUCUAAGAGGAACUCAGUGGACGGAUGUAUAGACUGGUCGGUGGAUCUGAAGGAGUACCAUGUUCUGGCUGGUGAGCCUGUUCGGGUGAAAUGUGCCUUGUUCUACAGCUACAUCCGAACCAACUACACCAUGGCCACCAACGCCAAGCUGCGCCUCAUCUGGUACAAGAACAAAGGAGAUGCAGAGGAGCCCAUCAUCUUCUCAGGUCACAGACUGAGUAAAGAAGACGACUCCAUCUGGUUUCGAUCUGCUGAACUGGAAGACAAUGGGUUCUACACCUGUGUACUAAGGAACUCGACAUACUGCAUGAAAGUGUCCAUGUCGAUGACCGUGGAGGAGAGUGAUGAGGGUAAAUGCUUCAGCAGCAAAAUCCGACAUUUGGAGAAAGCUGAGAUAACCCAUAGCAAAAUGAUCAACUGUCCUGAUAUAGAAGACUAUUUGGCCCCGUACAAGCAGCCACAGAUGACUUGGUAUAAGGAGUGUGAACGGGUUGAAUGGAGAAGCUCCAUCACUGUUAACACUACACACAUCUGGAUUCCUGAGGUGGAGGAAGGUGACGGGGGAAAUUACACUUGUGAGUUACAAUAUGGAUCCAGACUGGUGCGGCGGACAACAGAACUCAAAGUUACAGCUCUCCAGACCACUCAGCCUCCCAAGGUUCUUUUCCCCCCGGAAAGACAAGACACAGUGAUAGAAAUCACGCCUGGUAUGCCUCUCAGUCUGGACUGCAAGGCGUUUUUUGGUUACAGUGGAGAGAACAGACGACCUAUUAUCUACUGGAUGAAAGGAGAAAAGUUUGUUGAAGAACUGGCGGGACACAUUAAAGAAAGUGAAGUCAGGAUUUUGAGGGAGCAUUUAGGGGAGAAGGAGGUGCAGCUAUCCUUAACGUUUGAUGCUGUGGAGGAGGCAGACCUGGCCAACUACACCUGUUAUGUGGAGAACCACAUAGGGAAGCGCAGCGGGAGUGCUAUACUGCAGAAGAAAGAUAUGUAUCGUCUGGAGCUGGCUGGAGGUCUGGGGGUCAUACUGUUGCUGCUGGGAGUCCUCACAGCACUUUAUAAGUGUUACAACCUGGAGAUCAUGCUCUGUUACAGGAGACACUUUGGAAGUGAUGAAACUGAAGAUGAUAAUAAGGAGUAUGAUGCCUAUCUGUCCUACACUAAAGUGGACCUUGAUUGUUUGGGCAGCCGGGCGAGCAGUGAUGAGGAAACAUUUGCUUUGGAGAUCUUGCCAGACGUUUUAGAGAAACAUUAUGGAUACAAGCUGUUUAUACCAGACAGAGAUCUAAUACCCAGCAGUACUUACAUUGAGGACUUGGCUCGUAGCGUGGAGCAGAGCAGACGUUUGAUCAUUGUUUUGACUCCAGAGUUUGUCGCCAAAAGAGGGUGGAGCAUCUUCCAGAUAGAGACACGCCUGCACUCCAUGCUGGUCACUGGGGAGAUCAAGGUGAUCAUGAUAGAGUGUGCAGACUUGAAGAAUGUCAUUAACUACCAAGAGGUGGAGGCACUGAAACAUACAAUCAAGGCUUUAUCCAUCAUCAAGUGGAGGGGUCCUAAGAGCAAUGAGCUGUCAUCUAAGUUUUGGAAACAGGUGGUCUAUGAGAUGCCUGCUAAACGCAGGGAGACGUUGUCCAGACGCCAGGUGAUGGACUCUGGUGAACAAGGCCUCUUUGGUGACCUGCAGACCACCGUCUCCACAAUUGCCAUGACAACCACCUCCGCCUCCUUGGCACCCCCUAAUGAGAGUCGCCAUGGGCAUCAUCAGGUUGCCUUGGCGACAGAGAUCCCUGACUACAACCAGAUGACAUUGCCACUGGGAGGCGGUCACACUGCCACAGCAGCCCAAAUGAGGCAUUUCUGCCGCAGCUACGAGUUCCAGCUUCCCACACAGCCUCCCUCCCUGUCGCCUCCUCUCCCACCUCCCUCCACCGUGCAGUUCUCCACUCUGGGCCCCGGGGGGCGCCACGUUUAUUGCAACAUCCCCAUGACACUGCUGAAUGGACAGGGGUUCAGAGCAGUUCACUGGGGAACAAGAGGUUUCUCAGAGCAGUACGCUUGGGAAGAAACCAGAACUCCACCUGAACAGCACCUUCGUACCGCUCACCAGCAGAGAACUAAGCUCUGACAUCUGGUAGAUGGACUCCUCAACUGGUGCUGGAUUACAGACCGGUUUAUAAACUGCUUUUACACUGGCUUUGGAAAUGGGGUAGACUGGUUGGUCGACUGGUUCUCAUUGGGGUUUUUGGACUGUGUACAGCCUUAGUUUUUCAGGAGGGACUGCUUGAGGACUGCCUGCAGACUAGUUUUGGGCCAUUUCAUCCCAUGCUGUGAACAAAGGACUGCUUGAAGACUGAAUAAGCCUUGGAUUCACAAUCGUUGGAUAUACCAGCUUCAGACUGCUUACAGACAGACAGAUUCAGAUUAUAAAACUGAUUGUAUGCUGUUAUCGGACAUACCAACUGGUUACAGACUGAUUCAAACUGCUUUGUAAGCUGUGUAGCCAUGAUCAUUGGAAAGGAGCACUGUUAUACAACACGACUGGUCAUACACAUUCGAGGGAUGCAGAGUUUGUUGACAGUUAUGGACAUGUGGAUGUGAUGAACUGGGAAAGUCAAUGAAAAGGUCCAUGAUACCUAAACAGUGAGGAGGUAUCCACAAACAGGAGUGCGCCGUCUGUCGUACAAGCGACCAAGUUGGACCUCGGAGCACAAAAAAAAUCUCGAAUUGCUGUCUGCUCACACACCAGCUGUGUAAUUGGAAACAAGUUGAUUUGUCAGCUGCUUAACUGCUCCGAAGUGUCAGUCGACUGAAAAACAAAAGUAGCGUAAUCUCAGAAAGCCAGUCGGUCUUCUACCUAUCUGAGUUGUCAGUGUAUCCAUCUAUCUGUUGACUAGGUGGCUUGUCAGUAAAUGAGGCAGACUUAAAGCAAUGAUUUUGGAAUACCAGUCCACCUUAAAACAACAAGUCAACCUCUUGAAACAAUUCCUGGCCAGCUAGUGAGCUACCUGGUUUGGUUCUUAGAAGCUAAAAUGGUUGACUUAAAAGAAAUGGAUUCCAGCAAGAUUAUCAAGAUAAGAAGUGUGAAGCGAUUGCUAAACCUGUGUACUGAGAAAGUACAGUUAAAUGGUGUAUACAGAAACAUGUAGCUAGUUGUAAAGACUAGCUGACUAAAGGCUAGUUAUGUCUUGAGGUAAAAGGCACCAAGAGACUGCAAAGCAGCCAGCUCACCUUGUAACCCAGUAAUCAGCAAUUAGUCAAGUCAUCAAGAACUGGCCAAGAGGUGACCUGCCAACUUUUACCAACAAGCUAAAAGCAUAAAGGACUUGGCUUUUUCUAUUUGCAUGACCACCCAUUUAGAUAAAAAAAAAAUAAUAAUCAAAUAAAUAUAGAUAAAAGAGUAAAUGACACAAUCAUUUCUCGCAGCCUCUUUUAAUAUGGAGGAGAAUAAACAUCUUAUGUUGAUACGGUAUGUUUGUUUUCUGUCUGGCCAUGAAGUAUUGAUAAAAACUGAUAAAGGGAAAAAAGGAGGUGUCCCUCCAAAAACAUUCUCAUUUUCUCUGGUUUAAUUUAAGAAUUCUAUGCUUUUUGAAGGUCGGUGAGCAUUUUCACCAGGCUUUGUUUUUAAUGUUUGUUACAAUAAUCUCUGUACAGCUUCCAUAACUUAUGCAUAGACCUAUACAUGACGGUGAUUUGUUCCCGAUAAUUUCUGUUAACUCCCACAUUGUGUGUGAGACCCAGAGCCUCUUUUUGCUUUCAUUCUGUUCCUCUUCAUCAGUGGAUGGAUGGAUGGAUGGAUGGAUGGAUGGAUGCUCACGGCAGUACAACCCUGGCAACAGACUGAUGUUUUGAACCUGUCACUCUGGAAUCGAGACCACUACCAGUCAGCCAAAGGGGGCUUCACUGCAUACAGAGCCGGACUCCGAGCCGAACCAGACCACAUUCUUCUUUGUGAGCUUUAAGAAACCAAGAUUAUUACCAUAAUAUUUAAGCAAAGUGAAUAAUGUUUUGACUUUACACAAAGGUACUGUCAUUGUCUUAUUAGAACCAAUGAAUUCUGGAUAUUUGAGAUUGUUUGAUACAAUUAUUAAUUAUUUGAGUUGUUAUAUUCGAUGGCAAUAUACAGUAUAGUGGUUGUCUUUU